AUGUCUUGGACUCCUAAAAUCGCCAUUAUUGGCGCGGGUCCAGCCGGUCUUAUGCUCGCGCGACUGCUGCUGCAGAAGUCGAUCCUCGUGACGAUAUUCGAAAGAGAACAAUCUGCUACCUUCCGGGGCCAAGGAGGGACCCUGGAUCUGCAUAAGAACAGUGGGCUCUAUGCCAUGAAAGAAGCCGGCCUGUUCGAUCAGUUUCUCCAGCAUGCCCGAUACGAGGGAGACGACCUAAUCAUAGCAGAUAAGACGGCCGUUCCCGUGUUGGACUUUCGGGAAAAGGGUUACAUGGGAGGAGAACGCCGUCCGGAGAUCGACCGCGAGACACUGCGGAAGAUGUUGCUAGAGUCGAUCCCUGCAGAUUGCAUCCGAUGGGACCAUUAUCUGACCGCCGUCCGCCCGGAAGGGUAUCUUGAGUUCCAGUCGGGAGAGAUCCAGGGUCCGUUUGAUCUCGUUGUCGGGGCAGAUGGCGGUCGCAGCCGGGUCCGGCCACUUCUCACCGACGUCACGCCAUUGCACUCCGGGAUUGCAGGCUUCGAGUUCAAGAUUGCCGAUGUCGAGACGCGGUUCCCGCAUAUCGCCAAGUUCGUCGGCAGAGGCAGCUACUUUUGCUGGUCAGACGGGAAGGCGAUCCAGGCACAGCGAUUAGGAGACAAGGGGAUGAGGGUGUAUGCAUGGAGUAGUAAGAAGCCCGAGACAUGGGCGAUCGAUCUGCACGCGCGAUAUCCCUCCACCGCAGAGCUGAAGAAAGUCUUCCUGAAGGAAUACCCAGACUGGUCUCCCAUCCUGCGCGAAUGGAUCGAAGUCGCCGACGAGGACCGGCGGCCGUGGACGCUAUACAUGAUGCCGACGGACUUCCAGUGGGCGCACCGACCGGGCUUCACCCUCAUCGGGGACGCAGCGCACCUGAUGACGCCUUUCUCGGGCGAGGGCGUCAACGCCGCCUUCCUGGACGCCGUCGAGCUCGCCAACCGGAUUGUGUCGUCACUAGAGGCGGAACGAUCUCCGGAGAAGCUGGAUGCGGCGGUGGCCGCGUACGAGGCUGCUUUGUUUCCGCGCGCCCAUGCGACCAUGGCAGAUACGGCCGACAACAUGCGGCUAUUCUUCCGCGCAGAUGCGCCGUGGGGAUUUGUGCUGAAAUGUCAGCGGGUGAUGGCGAUGCAGACGAACAAGAACAAAACAACGUCAAAGCCGCAGCCACAGACGCAUCAACGCGAGAUACAACAGCCAGAGAUCGACGGGCAUUAA